AUGGCAAUUGGUUCACUGGCCUUUCUGGUGCUUAACUAUGGGGCGGAGAUGAUUUUUAUUCUUCACACACGUCUCAUUGCUCAGAAUGUCGAAAAGGAAAUGGCUGAGACAGUGAUGAAUGAUAUGGUGAGGCAUAUGUUUAGUCCAGAGUUUCUGGCGGAGCUGUUCCGCCCACAGCCACUCUACUCAUACUCGGCAGUUAAGGAGAUAUUUAAAUCGUUGACGGAGAUGUCCGUUAUGCGCCUCUCACCAUUGUCCAUGAACAAAUUAUUUGAACUUAUGGCAAUGGGGGUGAAAUACCAGCUUUUUACACUGCGUCACCCGCUGGAACUUGUGGAGAUGACAUGGACACAUCUGGAGGAGCUAAAACGACUCAUUACACCGGAAGCACAGGCGAAAGUCACCCCUGUCUUUGUCAUGCUGGAAGGCUUGUGCAGUCGGCUUACACAUGGCGACUUGGCGGAGAUUCGAAAGGAAUUGCUGAAUUUUAUUGUUGGCCGUAGCACUGUUAUCUCUGUGCUUUUUGAAGAGGGAAUGCAGUCAGACAGAGGGUCUUUUGUUUUGCCUGUGGAUCGAGUUCUCCCACCUCUUUCCAUUUGUGAGCCACCGGGCAGUAUCCGUUACUUUAAAAAUGGGAAACUUGAUGCUUCGACGGCGUUUGAGCAUCGGGACGCCGUACUGCGCCACCCACCAUCGGUGCCGCUCGAUAAGUGGGACCCGAAGAAUGCAGGAACGCGGAUGACGAAGAACGGCACGAAUAUAUACGCCCCAAGCCGUCAAGAAGCCUCAACGCGGGCGGAAGCAAAUGGUCCAACAUCGUUAUUGCCGUCCAUGCCAAGCAUGAGUCGUCUUAGUACUGUUCCUACGGCUGUGCCAUCGGAAAUUGCAAAUGUGGUGACGGGGGAGUUGAAUUAUUUAUCACGGUUUGUAGGAUGCGGGCAGAAUGCCCCACAGAAAAUGUUUAAGCUGAAAUUUUUUGACGACGUGGAGGAGGAAAUGGAUGAGCACUGCGUGGGCGGCGGCGAGAAGGGUAGUAAAAUUGGUGGCGCUACGGAUAGAGUGGGAGACCGGACGGCAGCUUCGACGAUCCCUUUGGUCCGGAUGACAAAAGCCGAUGUGGAGUCGCAAAAUAAGGAGUUGUUUAAGAUUAUGGAUGGACUGCGCGUAGAUGAAACAAGGGCGGGCCCUCCAGAGAGAGGCAACGAUCUGCUGGAUAUCAUGGACGAGGAUUGA